UAGGGUUUCUCUGAUUCGCAUUUUGAACCGCAAAGCAACUCUAGGGUUUCAGAUCGGCUUUCUAGGGUUUGUUCGAUUCUUGUCGAGCUUGUGGUCGAUCGCCACGAUGUCGCUCAGGCCGAGCGAGAGGGCGGAGGUUCGUAGGAACAAGUACAAGGUGGCGGUGGAUGCCGAGGAAGGGCGGAGGCGGCGGGAGGACAACAUGGUCGAGAUCCGGAAGAGCCGCCGGGAGGAGAGUCUUCAGAAGAAGCGUCGUGAGGGUAUGCAGGCCCAGCAGUUCACUGCUUCCAUCCAUGCCCUCGGCAUCGAGAAGAAGUUGGAGAGCUUGCCGGCGAUGGUGGCUGGGGUUUACUCCGAUGAUAGCACUAUGCAGCUUGAGGCGACCACUCAGUUCCGGAAAUUACUUUCAAUUGAACGAAGCCCUCCAAUCGAAGAGGUUAUUCAAUCUGGUGUAGUGCCGAAGUUUGUUGAGUUUCUUAUGCGGGAGGACUAUCCCCAGCUUCAGUUUGAAGCAGCUUGGGCAUUGACCAACAUUGCCUCUGGUACAUCUGAUAACACUAAAGUGGUGAUAGACCAUGGGGCUGUUCCAAUAUUUGUGAAGCUUCUUGGUUCCCCCAGUGAUGAUGUGCGGGAGCAGGCUGUGUGGGCUCUCGGCAAUGUUGCCGGUGAUUCACCAAGGUGCCGGGAUCUUGUCCUAAACCAUGGUGCUUUGAUGCCAUUGCUGGCUCAGCUGAAUGAGCAUGCUAAGCUAUCUAUGUUGCGGAAUGCCACCUGGACUUUGUCAAACUUUUGCAGGGGAAAACCACAACCAAACUUUGAACUGACAAAACCUGCACUUCCUGCACUUGAGCGCCUCAUCCAUUCAAAUGAUGAGGAGGUUCUUACUGAUGCAUGCUGGGCUCUUUCGUAUCUCUCUGAUGGUACAAAUGACAAAAUUCAAGCUGUCAUUGAAGCUGGUGUCUGCCCAAGACUUGUUGAGCUUCUUCUCCAUCCAUCACCAUCAGUUCUGAUUCCUGCUCUCCGUACUGUUGGAAAUAUUGUCACUGGGGAUGAUGUACAAACUCAGUAUAUCAUCAAUCAUCAAGCACUCCCAUGUCUCCUGAACCUUCUGACCCAUAACCAUAAGAAGAGCAUUAAGAAGGAAGCUUGCUGGACUGUUUCUAACAUCACUGCUGGUAAUAAGGAGCAGAUACAGGCUGUCAUUUCUGCUGAGAUCAUUGGUCCCCUUGUGCAUUUGCUUCAAACUGCGGAGUUUGACAUUAAAAAAGAGGCAGCAUGGGCCAUUUCUAAUGCUACUUCUGGUGGUACCCAUGAACAAAUCAAGUAUCUAGUGAGCCAGGGCUGUAUAAAACCCUUAUGUGACCUCCUGGUUUGCCCGGACCCUAGAAUUGUCACUGUUUGCUUAGAAGGUCUUGAGAACAUUUUGAAGGUUGGGGAAGCUGAGAAGAACCUGGGUGCCUCUGGGGACGUAAAUAUUUAUGCUCAGAUGAUUGACGAUGCUGAGGGUCUUGAGAAGAUUGAGAACCUUCAGAGUCAUGAUAACACUGAAAUUUAUGAGAAGGCUGUCAAGAUCCUCGAAACCUAUUGGUUGGAGGAAGAAGAUGAGAUGCCUACUGGUGAUGCGCCUCAACCUGGAUUUUUUACCGGUGAGCAGCCGGCAGCACCUCCUGGCGGAUUCAACUUCGGCUGAAGAGAGUUGCAAGGAGCAGUGGUGCCGAGGAAGCGUCAGGUCAGUUGAGGAGUCCUGUCAUGUCGAUUUGGGUCCAGUCCAGUCAGUCCAGUAAACAUAACAUUGCAAUUGAGGCGGCAACGGUGUUAAACAAGAUCAUCUUGAUGCAGUCUUGUUUCAACUGGGAGGUUGAUUUGGUCUCGCAGGCUUUCUUUGAAUGCUGUAGGCGGACAGAAAACAUCGUAUUUUUCGUAUUUCGUACUCACACGGAAACGAAUCUUCACCUUUUUAAUCUUCAUGGUUGAAAGCGGUAUUGUGUUAUUUAUAUCUCUUGUGUCAUGUAUAGUGCGAAGAGAAAGCAGAUUGUUAAGUGAAAUAGUCUGUCAAGUGUUUUGAAUUUAGAUAUGCCUGCUUUGCAAGCAACACUCAUUCGGUCCAGUGGUUUGUUUUUGAGGGACUACCAAAUGUAUUACCUAUUUAAAUCAUUGUCAUUUCAUGCACUGUUUGUUACUGUGA